AUGGAAAGAACUCCAUCAAGAUUACAAGUUAGAAAAGGUGCAACCAUGGAACCAACUAUGUUAGAUGCUAAUCGCAGAAGAACUGCAAAUGGUGAAUUAGGUCAAGCUGCUGCUGAUACUGGUACUCCAGGUAGAAAUGAAGGUGAUCCAGGUAGAAAUGAAAUUGAUCCAGGUGAAAGAUCAGCUCAAGGAAACGCUGGUACUAAUGUUGAAGAGUCGGUUUCAGAAGAAGGUGAAGUUAUUACUGAUUGGAUUCUUGACAGAAAUGAUAAACGUGAUGCACCAAAUUUUUCAGUUAAACCAGUCUUAUUUGAAAACUUUGGAUUUUGGAAGUACAUUGAUGAUUAUGCUAAUUUCACCAAGUUAACCAACGAUUUGAUUGACCAUGAAGAGAAAACCAUUAUGGAUUGGAUUGAAGAUGUUCCUGAAUUGAUGAAGUCAUCCGAAUCAAUUGGUAGAUGGAAAACUUUCUUUGACAAGUUGUUUAAAGAAUAUCAAGGUUUAGAACACGUUAUUUGUACUCCAGAAUUGUAUGAUCCUAGAAGACAAAAGUACGCUAUUAGAGGUCUUGAUCAAGAAAGUCCUAUGCAUACCGCUUUUUAUGUUGAGAGAUUUUGCAAGCAUAUUUGUAAAAGAUUGAUUGGUAAGAAGGUUCAAUUGAGUCAAUUGAAUAAGAUUGAUGGUAAUGCAACUAUUUGUGAUAUCUGGAAAUUCGUUAAGGGAUUUAAGGACGUCAAGUUAACUGAAACUCUUAGUUUAGCUUUUGCUGCUUGUUCUUAUGCAACCCGUUAUGAUCAGAAGAUGGACGACUAUGUUAAGCAUAAGCACUUAAUGAGCGUAUUAGUUCCAACUAAUAUUCAUCUCCAAUUUGUUGUUGCUAUGAACAAUACCAAUUCUAUUCAAGGUCAAAUGGUUGAUGCUUAUGUUAGAGCUGUUGAUGAAGGAAAUGUGAGAGCAUUUAAUCAAGUUAUGGAGAAUUAUUUCUUGAAAUGGAAAAACAACAAGAAGGGUUUUUGA